AUGGAGGGCAUAGUGCUGGUGGAAAUGUCCUCAGGUGCUUUACACUACACCAAAUCUUUUUCUGAUGAGUUUGAUGCGAGGCAUCCAAAAACCGAGCGUCUCAACUUCGGUGCACUCAUUUUCGCACUGCAAAACUUCGCAGGCAGCAGCAUUCGAUCUAUGGAGAGCAGUGACGGGCUUGAUGCAGCAAAAGGCCUGGAGAGAAGUAAUGUCGCUGAGAUUGUUAUGUACACCACUCCUCUCGAAAAUAUGGUGCUCGCAACCACUCCAUCCAGUAAACUUCUUGUGGUGCUAUUCACAACACCGGAUUUUGACGUGGACGUCGCCAAGUGGGUGGUUCGUCGUGUGGCUUUCAAUUACGAUAUCUGUGAUAACACGGAGAUGACAGCACUUAAUCAAGUGCCUCGUCGAUUUCGUCGUGCGUUCUCUCAAGCAGUUGACGAUACAGUUGAAAGGGAACUCAUUCGUCUUUGUGAGAGCACAUUCAUUCCUAAUGAAGGGGAUUCUCCUGCAGAUACGGUGGGCGAUGACGAGUCAUUCCUCUUUUUCUGCUACUCGCCGCGUUUGAGUGAUUCCGGACGUUAUAAUGGCAGUGAUAUUGAAUCUGGUUCGAAAUCCCCAAGUGGAGACGGAUGCCGUAUUGCAGUCGGGGCAGAUACUCCAACGAUAUCGAAGAAACUCAACAUUCGAAACAUGGUGACAUCUACCCUAGCAAUUUUUGGCGCUCCAACUAAACGUGAGCUUAAUAUGAAGAAGAAAUUGGAGAAGAAAAGUGGAUGGAGAUCGAGAAAUGCAGUCAUAGAUCACUCAGAGCCGUACGAAUUUCAGCGAGUAAUCGAGAUUCAUUAUCGGGAAAGAAAGGCAGCAGUGAUGGAUCCUCUCCGAGCAGAGAAAGCUUGCGAUAUCGUGGACACUCUUCUUCCUUUAGCGGAGAUAAUGAGCCAGUCAUUGUUCUCUUCAGACAUGGCUCGUUCUCAAGUGACUCAUCAACGAUCGCUCAACCAAUUCAUCUGGACAAAUUUCCCUGCUUCAUUUCCAGCAAAAGAGAAGCAAGCAGGAACUAACGUGGUUGCAUGGGUGUGUGGAUCUUGUAUUAUUUUCUACCCGAUGACAUCGGUAUCAAUGAAUCUCGAGACUCAUCGCCGUGUACGAUUUGCUGUCACUGCGCUGUUUAAUGUUCUAGAACCUCUGCUCAAAGCAAAAACGAAGAUACUCGUAUAG